CGGGACGGGAUUAGGUGGUUCAGGGCAAGGGGAGGCGCACGAUCGGCGCACAGGACCGGAUAUGAAUGGGGAUAGCUCGGUACUUUUUGCCUGCACCAUCCAUCGGGGACGAAAUACGUGAUCCCGUAUCAUCAGACCAGCAUAAUGAGGUAUGGAAUUUCCAUACUCUUGCAAGUGAGAUUGGCUAUUCGCAGGAAAUAAGGGGAGGCUUAGAAAAUGCGGUAAUACGUAUAAUAAAUACGACAAAACGCUCGCAUUCGUCCCCUUCGGUUGUCUAUAUGCGUGCCUAGUAUUACCAAUUAACAAAUUCAAGAAGCUGCUCAGGAUCAUUGGCACCCAAGAUUGUCACCCUCCAAGUUCCAAAGAAAAAAAAAGGGAGGAUCAUACAACCGCAUAACUCUCUAUUAGUCUGUAUUAUUCGAUCUACCUACCAUCAGCUGCUAUUUACCAUGGCGCCUACGAAGAAAACCCAAUGGGAAACAAGUCCAACCCCUUCGGGCGACGACAUGAUCGACCCGGCGCUGUCAUUAGACAGUACAUCGACCAUUACAACAUCAACCAAGCGCAAGAGAGCAAGCAAGCCUAAGGUUCGAACAGGUUGUAUUACUUGGAUACGGCGUGUAAAAUGCGACGAGACCAAACCGGCGUGCACGCGGUGCACGAGUACAGGACGUAAAUGUGACGGGUACGAUGGUGCGCCGCCGCCACGGCCCAAGAAGCCAACAUCGUCCUCGCCAGACCAGCUAGCAACUCCUUUUUCUACCCCAACCACCACCUCGUCGGAUGGGUAUCCAGGAGCACGGCACGACCUGGCUCGAAAUAGCUUCGCCGCAGCGUGCCGGGGAACCUCGGCAUUGCAGAUCCUCCGCCCGCUGGCCGCUGACAUCCAAGGCACGGAAGAAGAGCGGCUGUACUUCCACCGGUUCCGACAAGCGGCGGAGGCCGGGCUGGCUCUCCACGCGUCUAGUCUCGGAGCGUCGUUCUGGCGCCGCUUGGUGCCGCAAGUAGGACAUUCGGAUCCGGCGGUGCGGCAUGCGUUGAUAGCGCUGGGAGCCGCGUACGAAAGUAUGCAGCUACAACAACAACAAGGACAGCACCGACAAGAGCAGAACUAUCAAACGACGAGGAUGAAACAACCAGCACCGAAAAUGUCCUCGCGAAGCGGCAGUCCGGCCGAACGAUCGUACGUUUUUUCAACACCACCGCCCGAAGACGCCUACCAGUGCGCGGAUCAGUUAGAAUUAUUCAUGAUCCAACAGUACAACCUCUCCAUCUACCACCUACAACGACACGUGCAGCCGGGGUCGCCUUCCGAAAGCGUCGAGAUUACGCUCAUAUGCUGUCUACUAUUCGUCUGCAUCGAGACGUCCCGCGGCAACGAGGCGGCGGCCUUAGCGCAUGUUGCCAACGGCCUACAGAUCAUCAAGGCUUUGCCACCAGAUUCGAAUUCCAGCGGACGGAACAACGAAAGCAGAAGCAGCAGCCACCAGGGGUAUAGUGGUAGUGGUAGUGGUAGUGGUAGUAUGGCUACCAGCCUCCCGCCGCGAAUAUCACGGUCCGACUGGCGACAGCUUCUCGAUUUCUUCCUUACACUUGAACCUAGCACUGUCACACAUGAUUUCAGCAACAGCCAGCCAGCAAGUCCGUCAUGUCCACCCGCUGCCACAUGGGAGAAUACGCCGGAGUGGUAUAGUGAGAUGAUAUCGCAGUGGGAAAUUGAGGCGGCCGAGGGAGAAAUAAGGUCUUAAGUCUUGAUACCAAUGAUAAUCUAGUAAAUGAAAAAGAAUCUAUUAAUAUGAAA